AUGAACCCCAACCACGAUCCCGAAAGCACCGAUGCCUCAAUCACGACACGCAACCCAACAACAGACUGGACAUCCCAAACCGACAAAAAGAACCCAAGAAACUGGUCCCGUCUACGGAAAACCAUCUCAACCCUAAUAAUUUGCUCCAUCGGAUUCACAACAACACUCGGAGCCUCAAUCUACGCACCAGGCCAUGACCAAGUCCAACAAGAAUUCCACGUCUCAACAACAAUCUCCUUACUCCCACUUUCAGCCUACUCACUCGGUCUCGCCUUCGGACCAAUGAUUUCCUCCCCUCUCUCCGAAACAUUUGGCCGUAAAUUCGUCUACCUGCUCACGCUCCCGCUGUGCGAUGUCUUCAUGCUGGGAGCGGGGUUAGCGCGGAAUAUCGCUUCUUUGAUUAUCUGUCGGUUUUUCGCGGGCCUUUUUGCUGCGCCGGGUGUUUCUGUUGCUGCGGCUACGAUUUCGGAUUUUAUGGAGCCGGAUCGGAGAGUGAUUCCUCUUGCGGCGUACUAUGCUGUGCCGUUUAUUGGGAGUUCUAUUGGGCCUUUGAUUGGGGGGUUUGCCGUUCAGGGUGAGGGCUGGAGGUGGACUUCUUGGGUUGUGCUUAUUAUGGCGGGUGUUUUUCAUCCAUUGGCGUUGUUUUUGAGGGAGUCGUAUAAGGCGACUAUUUUGCAGAAACGGGCGAGGAAGGAGUUGGUGGUUGUUGGGGAUGGGGAUGAGGAUGAGCCUGCUACGACUGCCACCGAAACGAAUUUGUUGCGAUUACGUCGAUUUGUCACUUCGACGAUUGCGAGACCACUGCAUAUGCUCACUACUGAGCCUCUCGUUGGGUUUAUUUGUUUGUAUACGGGCUUUCAGUUUGCGCUUUUGUAUACGUUUGUCGUGGCUAGUCCCUGGGUGUUCAAGACGGUGUAUGGAUUCUCAUUGAGCGGGCAGAGUUUAUCUUUUCUUGGACUUGUGGUUGGGUGUCUUGUUGCUCCAUUCAUUCUGAUCGGGAUGGAUUCCAUUCUACGCAAUAGGAAAAUGAGGCAGCAGGAGCAGGAAACACGGACAUUCAACCCGGAGCGAAAACUAUAUACGGCGCUUUACGGAAGUCUUGUGCUUCCCAUUGCUCUUUUUUGGUUUGGAUGGUCCGCUCGACCGGAAGUUCACUGGAUAAGUCCGAUUAUUGCGCAGGGAACUGCUCUUCUUGGCAGUAUCCUCAUUUAUGUGCCCUGCAAUUUCUACAUGCUGGAUGUGUAUGGAUCGAAGUAUGGAGCAUCAGCUAGUGGGGCUUCGUCACUGUCGAGAUAUACUCUUUCUGCGGCUUUCCCACUCUUCGUUACUCAGAUGUAUGAAGCUCUUGGAGUGGGAUGGGCCACGAGUGUUUUGGGAUUCGCGGCGUUGAUCAUGGCGCCGAUACCCUGGUUGUUCUACUACUUUGGUCCGCGGCUGCGAGCGAGGAGCUCCUAUGAACAUGGUACCUGA